AGAAACAAUAAUAGUCUCUAAUAGAACAGAUUGAACGCAGUCUUAUGAAUCAAUUAGGUGAUUUCUUCUACCUCUAUUAAUAGAAAAAACUAUAUGAAAAUUAUAUUUUAAUGAAUUUAAUAAAUUUGAAUUAACAAUGUCUCUUAAACAUGAUUUAAAGCUACUAGUUAAGCCAUAUUAUAUAUUCAAUAUUUUAUUGAGUAUUUCUUACAUAGCUCUCAAGAGAAUAUCUGGUGUAUGUAAUUAUUUAUUUUCCACAAACAAUUGUGAAUUUGAGGGGAGGGAAACUGAAAUAUUAUUUUUCCUUAUAAUAGUAAUAGCUAUGAGAACAAGGAAAGCUGGAAGUGUUUCUAUGAUUAGCUAUCUUUCAUCAAGUUUCAUUUAUACCAAAGUAGCUAAUUUAAUAUUAUGGUUUAGCGCCGAUUUCUUGAUGGGUAUGGUGUAUGGGAUUAUAUUUAUAUUAGGAGCAUUACUAUUUCCUGAACCCACUUAUAGUGGUCCAGAUAAAGUGACGUACUUCAGAGGUGUCCAAGCAUUGGAUGAAGAAUUACAGAGGGACAAAAAGAUAACAUGGAUAAUAACUUUUUAUGCAGUUUGGAAUCCGGCGUGUGUUAAUUUCGCACCAGUUUUCGCAAAACUGAGCUCGGAAUAUGAUCUAGAUAAUCUCAAAUUUGGUAAAGUGGACAUCGGACGGUAUCCUGAUGCAGGCAAAAAAUAUCAAGUUAAUGAUAGCAGUGUGAGUAGGCAGUUGCCAACGGUAAUUUUGUUUCAAGAAGGAAAAGAAGUGAUUAGGAGACCGAUGGGUGACAGUAAAGGAAAGUUGAUUAAAUUUUCUUUCACAGAAGAAAAUGUUAUACAUGUUUUUGGACUCAAAGAUUUAUAUGUUAGAUGUAAAAGUCAAAUAAAAAGUAAAAAACAUACAGAAUGAUUCAUAUUUCGGAGGUAAUAAAGAUUUUAGCUUUGUUGUGCAUGUUUUUAGUCACUUUUUAGGAUUUAUUUUAUUUUUAUUAUAAAAUAAUAUGUUUAUUUAUACCUAAAUGAUAUGAGUCGUGCCAAGAUUUAACUAUAAUCAUAACUAUCUCAUUUCAAAAGUUUUUUUUUCUAAUUUCAUUUUUAUAUGUGAAUCUCCAAUAGAUUAGUCCUCGUCCUUAUUUAAUCGAAUCACUAUUGUGUCCAUAUUUAAAUCAAAAAUUUCAUUUCAUUGUUUUUGUUAUGUUGUUAAAAAUAAUUUUAGUAUUAAUAUUACAAAAAACUUUAUUCUUAAAAAAUUCCCCAUAGCCUAUAACCUAAAUUGCCAUCAUCAGUAGCAUACAAGGUUUAUCAAAAAGUAUGCAUUAACCUAGAAAGUACCAACAUUUUUUAUAAUAUCAAGAAAAUUUAUUUAGAAUUAUAAACUUGUAUCUGAUAAACAGUUGAGUAGGUAAAACUUAUUUUUUAGCAAAAAUUUAAUGAGGUUCAAGUUUUCCAGUGUUUGAUAGGCAGCAUUGAAACCAGACGGAAAAAUUUAGAUGGAAACCUAGGAAUGGAAAUCAGAAAGACAUAUAACACUAUAAAGACUAAAAUAUAAAUAUCAGAAAUAAAAUGAAGAGAUGAUACUAAAACAAGAAUUAAUAAUAAGAAAAAUCAAGAGAAAUUAGCUAAGUUGGUAUGAACAUAACCUCAAUAUGAAAUCUCAGUCUUACAGAAAAUUGAUGGAAGCAGAAAAUACUACCAACAGAAGAAAAAGUGGACCUAAAAGAAAGUGUAUAGACCAAAUAUUGGAGAUAGAAGAUAAGAAAGGAAAAUCCCUAAUUAAAAGAACCGGAAACCUUCUCUGACACCUGAAAAGGUAAGAGAAAAGAAGUUUCUCAUUGUAAUUCCAAAAAAUGCUAGGAUUCACUAAACAUGUCCAUCAGUAAGAAAAAUUCAACAUUAUAAAUAAUCAACAAUUUCCGUCUGUCCUAAUGUGGAAUAUACUUGUGGGUGUAAUACAAAUUUAAAAAUAAGGUAGAUAAGACUGGAAGAGAGGCACAAGUUCCCAAGCUACAAAGAUUCAUUACUGCAUGGAAGAAAUUAAAAAGUAGGAAUGAAUUACUAAUUGCACGUUUAGCCAAGCAGCUUCACACAACUCUACAAUAGGAGUAUACUUGAAUUUCCAUAGUUAGAUCUGAUUUUUUGACGAGAUAGUAAUAUGGUAUAAAUGUAUCAACGAACACUAGUAAUAAGUAUUUUGAAAAUGGUUUACGAGUAAAAAAGUUCUGUUCUAAACAUGCUGGGUGACCUUUGUAAAAUCAUUGUGCCCUGGGGCUAAAAAAGCUGCAUCAGUGCCAUUUGUUGACCGAAACCUUUCUGCGGCAUUGCAAAAUCAUAACUAAAGCGACCACUAAAAAAUUGUAGGAGUAUAUUUCAAGGUUAUGGUUGAAGAAUUCACCAGGUCAAUGACAAUCAUGAGAAUUUAUUGCUGACCUGAUAAAUGGAAACUGAAAAACAAUUAUUUCUGUUGUGAGUCUGUUAACAGGAUGUUGUGAGCUUAUGUAAAUUAUGUUGAUCAGAGAAAGCCCAUUUCGGUACAUGGGCUUCAUAAAAAGAAUAUAGUUUGUCUAUGUAAUUUAGUAUGUGUAUAAUUUUUUUUGUAAUAUUAAUUAUAAAAAGUUUCAUGUUUACUGGAAAUUAAAGUAGGUACACUACUGUAUAAGCUAUUUUUUAUUUCCUUUAUAGCCGUAUUUAUUUUUAGUGUAAUAUUUUAUCAUUAUAUUGUUAUUUGACUAUUUAAAGUGUAACAUCAUUAUUAUUGAAUUUUAGUUUAUAUUACAUGCUUUAUAAAGUAUAAAGUUAUUAAAA